UUUUUCAUUUUUUGGAAAAAUUUGAAUGAAUUAUUUUUGCAAAUCUCCGAAUUAUGUUGAAAAUUUGAAAAUAAUUUCAAAGAAGAAUCGGAAAUUCGUGCUAUAAUCUUAAAAUACUGAUCGAAUCAUUAUUGAUCACUUAUCGUUGAAUGCCAUCAUCGAUAAAUGAAAUGACGUCGGUUACAGACUUGAGCAUUCGGCGGUCAAUAAUAGAAUAGAAAUCGGCACCUGUUCAGUAUUUUGAGUUGAUCGGCUCUGUACGCAUCGUUUCAUCUCGAUCUUUCGGCACCUAUUUUUAGAUAGACAAAUUUUCCGUUUGGGCGAUUUCUGCUAUUGAACUUGCGGCUUCAUCACAAUUUGCAUUACCGAGUGUUUAUAAUUUCAAAGCAGUAUCUGGAAUCAUUGUGCCAUGGCCAGUUCACAAUUUAAACCUGUAAAAUAUGUCAUUUUCGAUAUGGAUGGUCUUCUUCUAAAUACGGAGAAAAUCUAUUUCGAUACAUUUAAGAAAGUUUUAUCCAGAUAUGGGAAAACGUACACCGAAGAUAUGAGAGUAAAAGUAAUGGGCACAGUUCCGCGAGAUACGUAUUCUAUCUUCAUCAAAGAAUACGAAUUACCAGUCGAGCUUGAUAAUUUUUAUAAAGAAAUAUCUUCGGAGCUUAUUCAAGUUAUGGAUAAAGCCGAUCUUAUGCCAGGCGUAGAACGAUUACUCAACCACUUGAAGUCGAAUAAUAUUCCCAUCGCUGUAGGUACGAGCAGCAGUCAAGAAGCUUUUGAUGUGAAGACUAAAAACCAUGCUGAAAUUUUUAAAUUAUUUCAUCAUAUCGUCGUUGGAAGUUCGGAUCCAGAAGUAAAACAAGGAAAGCCGGCUCCCGAUGUAUUUCUAGUGUGUGCUUCUAGAUUCCCUGAGAAGCCGGCUCCUUCCGAAUGUUUGGUUUUUGAAGAUGCUCCGAAUGGAGUCCAGGCUGCGAUUUCUGCUGGGAUGCAGUGUGUCAUGGUACCUGAUUCUGUGGUACCAGAAGAAAAGCGUAAAUUAGCAACCAGAGUGAUUGAUUCUUUGCUUGACUUUAAACCAGAAGAAUUCGGUUUGCCGAAAUUCAGUUAAAAAAAUUAUCUUCGUGCCUGUGCCUGAAAAACUCCAAAUUCUGAUAUUACCUAUCAUAUAGUUUAAUAAUGAUGAAUCCUGAUAUCUAAAUACGUAUUUUGUAAAUUUACAGUAUUUUGGCGAAUGAUGGAAUGUUAGUAUUAUUUAAUUAAUUCAUUUAUGAGAUUUUUCUUUGUUUUUUUAAGUUCUAGUCUACCAUUUUAACCUAUCUAGUCGUCACGGAUAACGAAUGCUAACUAAUCAUGAAUAAGAAAUGAUUGUCAAUUUGUUUCGCAGUAUUGUUGAUUUGUCAAAGUAAUUUAAUAUGCAAAAAGGAUAUUUAAUAAACAUUGUUUUGAAAAUGCUUUAAAUUUUAAAUAUAUUUGUUAAAAUAUUCCAUAAAAUAAUGUUAUGUAAUCAAUUUGAUUGAUGUUUGUUGCAUUUUUCAAAGAUGUAUUAAAUACUUCGAGGUACUUGAA